CAGCAGCAACAGCAGCAGCAGCAGCAGCAGCAGCACCUACAGCAGAAGCUGCAGCAGCAGCCGCCGCCGCCACAGCCAAGCCACAGCCACAGCCACAGCCGCGGCAGAACAAUAACACCAAUUAACACCAAGUGGUGGCUGAGAGAAUAGAAGGAAUCCAGACUGGGAGAGAGAGGCAGUCGUCAGGCUACUAGGCAAGCAAGCAACCCAGCAGUCAGGCAGGCAGGAAGGAAGGGACUGGCUGGAGCCAUGGCCGGAGACAGUGAUCAGACCCUUCAGAACCACCAGCAAACCAACGGAGGGGAGCCUUUUCUGAUCGGCGUCAGCGGAGGCACAGCCAGCGGCAAAUCCUCAGUGUGCUCCAAAAUUGUGCAGCUGCUGGGGCAGAAUGAGGUGGAUUAUCACCAGAAGCAGGUGGUAAUCCUGAGUCAGGACAGCUUCUACCGGGUGCUGACCAUGGAACAGAAGGCUAAAGCCCUCAAGGGCCAGUUCAACUUUGAUCACCCAGAUGCCUUCGACAAUGAGCUCAUCUUCAAAACCCUCAAAGAAAUUACAGAAGGAAAGACAGUUCAGAUUCCUGUGUAUGACUUCGUCUCCCAUUCCCGGAAAGAGGAGACAGUGACUGUGUAUCCUGCUGAUGUGGUGCUCUUUGAAGGGAUCCUUGCUUUCUAUAGCCAGGAGGUCCGAGACCUUUUCCAGAUGAAGCUCUUUGUGGACACAGAUGCAGAUACUCGACUCUCCCGUAGAGUGUUAAGGGACAUCAGUGAAAGAGGGAGGGACCUCGAACAGAUCUUAUCUCAGUACAUUACGUUUGUCAAACCUGCCUUUGAGGAAUUCUGCUUGCCAACCAAGAAAUAUGCUGAUGUGAUUAUUCCCAGAGGUGUGGAUAAUAUAGUGGCCAUUAACCUCAUUGUGCAACACAUCCAAGACAUCCUGAAUGGGGGACUUACCAAGCGCCAAACCAACUGCCUCAACGGUUACACCCCAUCUCGUAAGAGGCAGGCAUCGGAGUCAAGCAGCCGGCCACACUGACCCUCCUCUGCUCGACUCUUCAUCCCUGCCCCUGAACCCUACCCCUUAUUCACCUAGGAGACAAAGGAGGAAGGGCGAGGAGGCACCACUGAUCUGUGUAUAUAGUGUUUCCAGUGACAUGACUGUAUGUAAGAAAACACCCAUGAAGAUGAAAUGCCUUUGAUUUUUGUACUUUGGAACGGGCAGGAUGAAAAUGGAAGCUGACCUGAGUUUUAAGUGAUAAACUGUGCCAAGAGCUACCGGUGAUGCUGAAUUACGAGUCCAUCGUGUAACCAGUUAUAAAUAUAUACAUAUAUAUAUAAAAAUCUAUUUUUGUGUAAAUGUAGAAUAAUGUAAAGCUGUUUGCCGUGAGUAUUUUCCAAGGGGAUAUUGUGAGAGCUUGUGCUUGUAUUUUCUGGGGUAGGUGCUUUAGCCCUGGCAGAGGGCGUUUAUUUCUUACAUUUCCAGAUAGGAUAAGCCAGUAGUUCAAACAUCUGUCGAGGAGGAGUGGUGCAGGGGGAAGGACAGCUAAAUUGUCCUGUGUGCUGGUGGAUUUCUAGAAAGGAUUAGCUUCUGACAUUCCUCCCCAUCCCUCCCAGUACUACUCUCUUCUGACAGAUGCCAUCUUCUGGGGCUGGUCUUUAAGGAUAGGAAAGGUGAGAGAGGAACUCUGUCUUUGUUUUAGGUGGGAAGGAGGGAAGACCCCAAACUCAUACUCAGGGAAGGAAGUGCCCUGCAGAAGAGAGUAAGUUUUGAAUGUUCUCUUUGCCCUCUUCUUUCCCCACAUCCAGUUAGUCUGUAUAUCCCUUUUUUUUUCCCUUCUUGAUUGUCUCAGAGAGUCUAAGGGCGCCUCUGGUUCCUCCUAGAAUAAGUAGAAAUUUUAUGAGGUUGUCAUCACAGAAACAAACAAAAUGGAACAGGAGGGAGUUUGCUAGUAUUGUGAGGAUCUCUCUAGAUACUGGCUUUAGAUGGUAUCUGGAAAGAAUCUAGUAAUUACACUUGGGAUUCCCCUGCCCUGUUGUUGAACAGCAAUUGAAGGGUCUGGUCUUCAGUAUAUUUCCUUUCUGAUCAGAGGUUCUGGCUCUCAGACUCCCACCAUGUGGCCAAUUAUCCCAGCUAUAGGGAGAAUCAGUCCAAGAUGCUUAUGGUAUUCCCUCCUCUGAUAGAGGGGUUUGUUUUCUCCCCCCCCCAAAAAACAAAACAAAACAAAACAAAAUGCAUGCACAUUUAGUAAAAUGAGCUUGAUCCCCUUCCCAUCAAUGAUUUUCAUUUGCAAUGUGACAACCAGGAUAUAAUUGCUGUUACCUCAAAGAAGGGAACAGCUUCAUCCUGUGCCUUAGAGGUGCUAGAAGGAGGGGACUGUAUAUUUUCAUCUUUAGUAACGAACUCCCUCUCAAUUACAGAGAGGUAAACCCCAGCUAGACCCCUAGUAACAUCUUCCUUCCUGGGAGAUUUCUAGAUGACUUCUGGGUGUGGGAAGGAGGAAGGAAAUAUCAGAACUACUGGAUUCAUGAGAUGUGAUUUUAAAGUAAUAUGACUGAUUUAAUUUAAUUUAAUUUUUUUAUACAGUUGCCAGAUAGUCUCAAUCUAGAAUUUAUGUGAUUCUUUUAAGUAAUGGCCAGAGAGAGGGGAUAGACUGCUCAAACAUUUUGGGAACUCUACAAGUGUCCUUCAAGGUCUUAAUAUUAGAGUCACAAAACAAAACCAAUCUCAUCACUUGGCAACAACUUUUCUUUUAACCCCAGAUGGUGUCAUCUGACUCAAUCUACCCUUCUUAUUCACCAGACUUGGCUCCAAGGGACUUGAAUGCUUUUCUACUGAACCUAUCUCGAAGGAUAAAGCUUUGGCAGUCCUCAAAAAAAGUCAAAAGCCACCUUUUAAAAAGGAAAAAAAAAAAUUCUCCAGAGAGAAUGGCUCUCUGUAGGCAGUUCAAGAGAGAGGAGUUCCCAGAAUGUUUUAAACCAUGAAAGUGUCAUUGAUUCAUUGUGUCACUCUCUGGAUGUGUACCCUUUGAAAGAGAACCACAUGCCUUUGUAUGUGGAAGUUCUGGAAUCUGUUUUUAGUAUUCGGUCACAUUCCUUUUUAGUCACACCUCAAAGAGCUCUGAGGCAUGGGGAGCGGGAGGACAAAAUAGGGCCAGGAGCCUCCGGACAGGGUCUUAACCCAAGGUGGGGACAGGCUUUAUCCAUGGGAAGUGUCUGUCUCAGAGAGUUUUUGCCUUGCAGCCGGUACCAUGCUCAACUUUACUUGAAGCUCCCAGGUGCCAAACCAUUUAGUGCCUUGGCUGCCUAUCCCACUGCCUUGUAAGACAGAUUCUUCUGUUGUCACCUCCUCUUCCCCUUAGUUGCUUCUUCAUCUUGUGGUAUUGGGACCAAGGCCAUCCCCUGAGCAGAUUCUCCUCUCCAACCAACCUUAUUCAGCCCCCAGUCUCUCCUUCCUUAAUAACAGUCUUGGACCUUUCAUUGACAGAUUCAACUGACAGGCAAAGGAGCCUGAGUGGUAUUUCCCAGGGUUGACUAGGAUCUAAAGUGGGCCUCUCCAAAACUACAGCACAGAUCAGGGAUUGCCACACUGGAAGAAAAGGAGAAAUUCAGGCAUAUGAUCCAGGUGCCAGAAAAGGCACCAUCAUUUUUGGGCAUGGCAAAUUCCUUCACUGAGAUUCUGUUGCCCUCAUGUGCCCCUGUGCAGAUGAUUCUAAAGAUGAGCUCAAUGGAGGGUUCCUUCAGAUUCACCACUAGAAGGUGCUAAGUUUUCACCUUGAAACUCGGGACUUGCAGUAUGGUAGCCAGCAUUAUAUAAUGUGAUGGCGGUCUGGCUUCCCCCUAAUCACUAAAUCAGAGAACUCCUGCCUCUUCUAUUCUUCAUAACUCACUUAUGACAAGGAAAGAUGAAUUGUGGGGCAAGGAUGCUAGUACAACUAGUGGAUGCUAUUGGAAAUGUGUUGGUUCAGCUUAUAGAGGAUGUAUUUGACUGUGGGCCAGAAGAGGGUAAAGGUGGCAAUUGUGCUCACAAAGUACUACCAAAAGUUUAUUCUUGCUAUCUGUUCUGUGGUAGAGGUAGUUAAUCAUGGGGAGCACUUUUUCCCCCUCCUUCCCUCCCCCCUCCUCCCUAUUGAAUUCUAGGUCAGACAGUUGCCUAGGUCAAAAUUGAGAACAUCUUUCUUUGCUGGAUCAAGUUUGGCAUUAGAGCCUCUUAAGGAGGUGAGUGGGUUAAUUUCAUAGGAUUUAUGUCUCUGGGUUUCGAUGGGAAAUGAAGACUCCUUAAAUUCAUUCAACAUCAUAUAUAAAUAAGCGAUCUCUUGGUGUGCUUUCUUGGAACUCUCUUGGCCUGGUAGCAAAGACUGCAGUUAAUGGGAGGUUAGGAACACAUAUCCUUCUGUGUCCUACAGCCCCUAUCUCACCUUCCACACAUCAAAUCUUACAGUCCCCAAAAUGGAUUAAACAUAUUUUAGCCCACGAAUACUAUGCUGAGUUCAUAAAGAUUGGACCCAGUGGAUGCCUACCAUUCUUUCUUGAUGCUUCUAAUUUUUUUCUUUGGAUCUAGUAGGCAUAGCAUGCUUUAUUAGCUGGAAUGGUAUCAAGCAGGUUCUAAGCAGGAGAGAAACCUGCUGAGGCUAACUGAAAACUAGGUGUUCCCUUUACCUAUCAGUGAGAAUCACUUUCUUCUGUAUCAGGCAAAUGUUUAAAAAUCUGUCCUUGCUAAUUCAAGGUUUAGCCUUUAUGGCUUUAUGUAUAUGCCUUUACAGAUAUGAGAGGAAGAGACAGUGGCUACCACUAUUGCCUCAGGAGUAGGGUUGGUUUGUUGGUAAGGGAUUAGAUUUUUUUGUUUUUUGUUUUAAGUUUAUACAUUUGCUUUUUCUGUUUAUUAGUGAUGAAAUACUCUUGCCCAUACAUAUUCUGUCCUUCCCUGUAAAUAAAGAUGGAACCAAAAGGAUGCAACCCUUUCUUUUGCCUUUAUAUUUGUCAUGUUCAGAGAAGAAAUGGUUAAAUCUAAUGUGAGUGUGAGGUGACCUUAGCAGGCCUCUGUUUAUGCAGUGCUCUUAAGAUCUAAUGGAACUCUGGAACUUAAGCUCUCAAAGGAGGACAUGUCCUUCUGAAAUGUCAUCUCCCUUAAGAACAUCACAAAUUUGUUAAGAGCUUUUGCAGACAUCUUCUUUGAGCCCCAGGAUAAUCUUUAGAGGUGGGCAGAGUGAGAUGUGUCCCCUUCAACAAAGAGCAAUCUCAGUAUCAAUGAUAUUAAGGGGCUUUUUCAAUUCCAAAUGGCUGCUAAAUGGGAAGAAGCCAGUUCUUCCUAUUUUUGGUCUAAUUUUCCGUGUCUAAUCCAGUCUAGCCUCCUGUAAAUCAUUCACUUUGCCUUUGAUUUUCAAACCUGAACUUUUGCCGGAACCACAGGAUUCAUUUUUCCUAGUUGAGAUAAUUCUUAAUUUCUGGUGUUCUCACACUCUGGCCUUAUGGACAAGAGGUAAGGAGAAGAUAUUAAUUUAUCCAGGUGCUAAUUUAAUCACGCGUUAGGGGGUCAGGGCAAUUUAAAUGAGAACCAUGAAGCUUUAGGUUCAAGCAGACAUUUUUAAUCUGGGGGUCUGUAUACUCCCAAGAAAGCAACUGUUCAUUAAAAAAAAAUUUUUUUUUUGACUUUAAUAUAAUUUCUUUUGUUAUCCAACAUUGAAAAACAUGUCUCUAAAUAGAGGUCUCUAGGUUUCACCAGUCUGCUGAGAAGGUCCAUGAUUCAAAAAGUCAAGAACUCCUGCAUUAAAGGUGAUUGUAAAAAGGAAGAUGGUCAGAUUGUAGCACUGGGUCUCUACUGUGAUCACUCAGUAUGAACCCAACCAUAAACUUCAAAUCAUUAAAAACCAUGCUAAUUUUUUGAAUUUUGUAUUCCACUCCAAUAUUCUUAUCUGCAUAUGUGUGUAUCUAUAUGUAUAUUUACAUAUGUAUACAUAUAUACAUACAAAUACAAAUUAAAAACUGGAGACUUGAAGUGAAAGGAAGAAGUUUAAAUAGGAUCCAGAUACAGGAGGCAUUGUGAGGUAGUUAAGGAAAAAAAAAAGUGUUGUUUUCUAGUCCCAAUUCUGUCAUUAUCUUGCUGUAUGAUCUUAGGCGGUAAAUCACUUGACUUCCCUGAGCCCCAAUUUUUUAAUACCUAGUCCAUUAAAGACCAUUAAUCUUCUAAAAUUGUAUUAAUUCCAUUAAAACCAAGUGCCUACUAUAUGCAAUCCACUUUGCUAGAUGCUGGGGUUUCAAAGUUAGAAUAUGCUUUUAUUAGGCACUUAUCCUGGGCCAUUUAAAAAGAGAUAAAGGAAAUUGCCUACUGAUGUUUAAGAUCUUAGGGGUAAAUAUAUACAAAUGAACACACACACACAUUGAUGAACAAUAAAACUUAAAUUUAAGAGGAGAAGGCUUUAGCAAUUGAGAUGGCUCCAAAAAUGACUCCUAUAGAAGGUGGACUUUGAAAUUUAUUACUAGAGGAAAUCAAGUAUUCCAAGAGAUGGAGAGUAAUCUAGACAUGGAAGGGGAAAGGCUAGAGGGCAGAAAAGCCCAAAUGGAGAUGUGAAAUGCCAUGAAGAGAUCAAUAUGAUGGAAUCAGAGAAUGCUUCCUUGAAGGAAAAUAAAAGUUGCCAAGAUAUCAAAAGCUUGAAAUGCCAAGCAGAGGAUUUUAUAUUUGAUCUUGAAGGCAAUAUGGAGCCACUGGAGUUUAUUGAAUAGAGGAUAAGACCAAGCUUUACUACAUGCCACUGGCAGCUUUGUGGAAAAUGGAUUGGAGCAGGGAGAAAUGGGGCAGGGAGACCACAAGACUUGGCUUUGAAUCCCAAACUGUGUCACUUUGCACAAAUGACUUUGUUUCUUCACUUCUGUGUUAUUCUCUGUAAAAUGAAGGGAUUUUAUAAUGUUGGCUCCAAGGGCCCUUUGGACUCUAAAUCAAAUUCUUACCUCUAAUAAGUAGCUAUUGAUUUUGUGUAUUAAGUAAUAGAAAUGGCAAAAACCAGAACACUAAAAUAUAUAACCCAAAAUUACUUUUAAAAAAGUUACUUUGAAAUAUUACUUUAAAUUUUUUUUUUAAGUUUAUCAGGACUUGUUCUGAUUUCAUACAAUAUUGUGGGAGCUCUAUAUUCAGUGACAUUUGGAAUGGUUCUGCUUAGUAGUAGAAUUGUUGUGAGGAUAUAUAUGUAUAUAUGUCUCCUUCAAGUCUUUAGCUUUUACCCAGGAUUCCACGUUAUCACUGACUCAAUUUGCUGCACUCCUCUCUGGAAUGUAUUCAGACUCUUCCAUGUAACUGAAUCAUAUUUAAUGGGGAAAAGUAUCAUGGCCCAUCAAUUCCUGCAGUGUAUGAUUACUUAAACCCAGAGAGGAAGGUCAUGGUUAUGUGUGCUGUGUCAGAAUUCUCUCCUUGGCUAAGGAGAGAAUUAAAAAAAAUUUUUUUUAUUUUUUGUUUUUAUUUUUAAACAAGGCCACCUAGUGGCCACAUUCAGGUUUCACUUCCUACUUUCUUUGAGAUGGCUACCAGGCAGAUACUAUUUCCUUUGGCAUAGGUUUUCAUCAUAGAACUUAAGACAGACAUCUCCAGAGAUUUGUAUUUAUUCUCACUUUUUGUAUCCAGAAUCGAGUACCCUUCCUUUGUAGGACCAAAUGAGAAAAUUUUAAUUCUGUUUUACACCCUGUUGAGUGUAUCUAAUUCUAGAAUGAAAAGGGAUGACCUAAAGAGAUUGUCCAGCCUCCCUCAUUUUACAGAGGUAUAAAAUAAGUUAUGUCAGCAAAUAAGAAGGGUCAGGGCUCUAAUCCAAAUCUUCUGGUUCCUGGUAGGUACUCUAUACAUUGUACCAUGCUGCCAAAAUGCCUACUGUGAACAUAAUACUUUGGGCCUGACUUUUUUUCCUGUUUUGUUAUUUAAAACCUAUAUAAACUGUGUAUUCCCUUUAGCUUGUCUGACCUACAGAGUACAGACCCAUGGCAGAUGUUAAGAGGUCAUUCACUUUCAUAAUUCCAGGAUUUUUAUUGACCCACAAUUAAAACUCACUUAAUCUUAUCCCUUUAUUUUUCAAAUGAGAAAAUCUUAGGUCAGAUGACUAAGUCCAAGACUAGGACUAGAAUCUAGAUCUUGUGACAUUCAAUCUUGUGUCUAAUUGGCCACCUCUUGGUAUGAUUCAUGUAUCUUGGUUAAAUUGGCAGCCCCCCUCAAUGUUUGCCCAAACAUAAAUCAUUGGCAGCAAAUAUAGCCCCAAUUAGACUCAGGGGUUCUUGGAAUCUUUUGAACUUGAGCAUUUUCUUUACAGGCAGCUUCAGGAGGGACAUGAGAAAGGGGACCUUUGGCUAGAUGCCCAGAGAAGCACGUUUUAAUAAAAUCUCAUGCUUAUAUGGCCAUUUAAGGUUUAUAAAGCUCUUUUGCUGUCUUUUGUUUUUAACCAUAUGUCCAUUUAAUAAAUGCUUGUUGAUUUAAGUUGACUUCACAAUAACUUGUAAAGUGGUAGGUAGCACAAACAUUAAGUUCAUUUUAUGGAGUAGAGAGCUGAAGCUCAGAGAAGCUUGGCAAUUUUCUCAUAUUCAAACCCAGCCAAUUGAGUGGCUUAACUGUCCCUGAACUAAGCUGCUCUUGAGAUGAUACUAUACUUUUUUUUUUUUUUUUGUUGUUGUUGUUGUUGAUUUUUUUUCCCAGUGAACUCUGGAUCAUUGAUAUGUUUUGAGAAAUGUGAAAUGAUCCCACCUUCCCAUGCUUGUGGAUUUAAUACCCUUGAACUUUAGUGACAUGGCUUUAUGUUCUGAUUGGGCUGUGUGGAGGGAAUACAGUCUAUUUAUGUGGCUCCCUCUCAACGGACUCCCUAAGGAUCUGGAGCAGAUGGAGGAAGCAGGAGAAUGCUCAUUUCCUUCUGCUGGACUGCUUUGCUGCCAACACUAUAGUCCCUAGCUCAGAUCCUAAGGAACUGAGCAGGUAGAGAACUCUCCAUUUGCUUGAGAUUGAUCAACCCUGAGAGCUUUAAUUUUGGGUCAGUGAUUUGUUUGGCAGUAACAUCAAAGAGAAUAGGGAAUCGUAAGACUGGGAGUUGAUCUCCUGUGGCUCUUGAAAGUUCAUUUUGCUUAGAACUGAUUUUUGGAGAUGCCUCUCCCUGGAUAGGAAGCCAAGGACUUUUCUGAAGAACACUUUGGGCCCCUUUUAUUUCCCCAUCUUCACUGAGCUAAAUCUUCCAGAUCACUUGAUAGAAGGGGAAAAGAAAGUAUGGGGAGAAUUGUGGUGCAGUAGAUGGAGUGCUGGACUCAGUCAGGAAGACUGAAUUCAAAUCCAUCAUCAGAUUCUUAACUGAGAAAAUCUUUUCCUUUCUCUCACUCUUAGUGUCCUGAUCUAUAAAAUGGAGAUAAUAAUAGCACCUACCUCACAGGAUUGUUGUGUGGAUCAAAUGAAAUAACAUGUCAAAGCCGUUUGCAAACUUUAAAUGCUAAUUAUUUGGCUCCGAAUGGCAUGGUCCCCAAAGGCUCCAAUGCCCAGAGUCACUGGCCUUUUUUCUCUAGUGUCAUUCAAGCUUGACCUUUACAAUUCAUUGAAAGGGACCAUUUGGGAGCCGAUCAGUGUGACUUUGUGGAGAAAAUGCAUUCCUGUUUCUGUUUUGGCAGGUUUGGGACCAACUGGGCCUGGUAAGAGUACAUGUUGGUGAUUUGUGUGUGACAUCUCUCCGUUAGAUUGUAAGCCCCAUACAGGGCAGGGUUUGUGUCUUCUCUAAGCCUUGUAUCUCCUUCAGCAUCUAAUACAGUGCUUUGCACACAGUAGGUGCCUAAUAAACCUUUGUUAAAUGGAAUCAAA